AUGGCGAUCUGUACUUUCGGAGCACGAACGCUUGCAUCGGAAGCGUGCAUUGAAGAUCUGAUUAUGCAAGCCAGGAAGAUCAAGUACGACUUCAUCGGACAUACCGAGACGAGAAGGCAAACCCCGCUGCAUGCUGUAUUUAAGACUGGAAUGCGGUGUAGGUGUCCUCGUCAAUACGCACUUGGUCAUGAACAUCGAUUCAUACGAAAGCUCAACAACCAGAACUGGACGUUUGCGAUCAAGAAGAUGUGGCUCAAUCCUAGCUUCAACCAUCUUCGUUGCCUACUCACCAACAUCGAGCUAUGA